AUCUUGCUCAUAUUUGUCUGUGAGAUUCGGAAUUCCCUUGUCGGCCUCCGCAGCUUCUGCUUCAUUUGGUCCAGUUGUCAUCCGUCAGCAAUCAUCCCUGCCCCCUACCUAGGUACCUUCACGUACCUAAGGUACUGUGGUAAUCUUGCCUCCGCGUGCUCUUCCCCCUCCCUUUCCACCCCACGCCAGUGGCAGCAGGCGGUCAAUUCCCGGUCUCUCUUUCCUGCUGCAGCCACCAGUACCGCGAAGGAAUACCCUCGCGAAAAAAAGUGACCCGGCCGGAAGACGACUCUCCUCCACUUCGCCCUCCUCCCUAACACUUUUCUCUCUGUCUGUCUACUCCGUACACCUGUCCCCGUCGCAUCGACACUACUACCUACGGGAGAAGCACCACCGAACCGAGCCACCAAUUCCUUACACCUAGGCUCUGGCUGUCUGCCGUCCAUAAUCCUCCGAGCUUCUACCUUAUCGACAGGCCCUGUAUCGAACUGCCCUGCCCACGCAGCAAAACACCUUCCCCUGGCUGGAUUACCUGUACAGCCUCACCCCGAAUUCCACGAACCACCAGAAGCCAUUCUGCCUAUUCCGAAGAGAGAGGGGACCCCCUUUUUCGGAUACAUCGACCCCCUUCCCCAACACCUUUAGCGAAUACUUCUUCUUGGCUAUCGCGUUGUAACCAGACGGCUCGUAAAGUGCCAUCUGGUCACAACCCUCGAUAAUCUUUCAUCCUGGAUCAAUCACAGCAAUUCGCCGCCUCUUCGUCCUUCAGCGAUCGCAGGCCAGCACGUUCACAUCACCGACGCCGCUCCUCUGCAUCUGGCGGUCUUGCAGUCAACAUUGACAGCCCAGGCGACCGUGGCUCUCCCCAAUUCCUGGGAGUCCACGGCCAGCAGCCUGGUCUUGCGCCAAUUCCAGGUACGUCUUGUCCUGCAUCAUCCUCCCGUCCUUUUCCUCAACUCCCAGUCCGGCCCGUGGUACACCUAUUCGUACAUGUCUAUGUCUUCCAACCCCCCGUAUACCGACAUGCCACCGAUGAGAAUACGGGUUGGACAAUCGAAUGACAGGAUCCGCUUGCUGACAGCUCGUGUUCUUUUAUCGCUGCAGGCACCCCCAACACCGCAAUGUCGCUCUCGCGCAGUCCCUCGCCUAUACCUGGAGGCGGUUGGGCCAGCCCUGGCCUGACCAUCAACACCAGCGGUCGAUCGAGUCCGAGUAGAGGCUUCUCAGCAUCCAACGGCGCUUCUACCCCUUGGGAGAGCAAGAUGAGGACCGUUGGUAUGAACGGAUACCCGUCCUUUUCUACCCAGAACCAAGGCUUCUUCACACGACACAUGCGCCGGAUAUCAAGCAGCCUACCGCGGUUCAACAAUCAGAGUCCAUAUGUCGAGAAAGAGAAGGACAAAUUGGGGCGAGGAUCAUGGGCGGCACAGAAGGUUCCCCUCGUGGGAAGGAUACGGAACAUUUUCGCGCGCAUGGGCAGGAAGAUGAAGCUGCGCCUGCUGAUCCUGCUCCUCUUCACCCUCGCGAUGACCAUCUUCUACAACACUCCUCUCGUCUACCACUGGCGAAGACACUUUGGUGGAGGCCAAAAGUACGUCAUUAUCUUGGCCGCCAAUAUCGGAGGAGGUGUCAUGGAGUGGAAGGGGGCCCGUGAAUGGGCUAUUGAGCGAGACAGUGUACGGAACAAGAAGAAGUACGCCAACCGAUGGGGAUAUGAUCUUGAGAUCGUAGACAUGAGCACCAAGAAGCGAUACGCACACGAAUGGCGCGAGAGCUGGGAGAAGGUCGACUUUGUGCGCUCCGCCUUCCGCAAGUAUCCAAAAGCUGAAUGGGUUUGGUGGCUCGACUUGAAUACCUACGUCAUGGAACUAUCUUAUCCCUUACAGAACCAUAUCUUCAAUGACAUAAGCAAACACGUCUACCGCGAUAUCAACGAGUACAACCCUCUGAACAUCAGCCAUCCUUUCACCGAUCCUUACCUGGACGAGGAGUCCCGAAGCCCGAUUGGCGAUGGAAAGGCUGAGUCGGUCAACCUGAUCCUCUCCCAGGACUGCUCUGGCUUCAACCUCGGUUCCUUCUUCGUAAAGAGAGGCAAUUGGGCUGAUCGCAUGCUGGAUGUCUGGUGGGAUCCCGUCGCCUACGAGCAGAAGCACAUGGAGUGGGAACAUAAGGAGCAGGACGCUCUGGAGCAGCUCUACAAAACGCAGCCCUGGAUCCGCAAACACACGGCCUUCCUCCCUCAGCGCAUGAUCAACGCUUUCCCGCCGGGCGCUUGCUCCGAGAACGGAAACGACACUCGUAUUCACUACGACCAGAAGGACCGAGACUUCGUCGUCAACAUGGCCGGCUGCGAAUGGGGUCGCGAUUGCUGGGGUGAGAUGUACAACUACCGCGAGCUCAGCUAUUAUCUGAACCGCAAUCCGUGGGAACGCUUCAAGGAGGAUCUCAUUGCCGUCAUCUGGGAGAAGAUCACCGGCCAAAAGGUCAAGCUCUGAGAUGGCUGACGAUUCACCAAGACACGGCCCUGAUACGUCUUUGCGCAUCACCGUUGGGCCAUCUAAUAACGGCUGGUCAACCGUGUUUCACUUCCAACGUCCUGUUUAUCAAUGGGAACAAACUAUCUUGCAUACUACACAUAUACGCAUGCGAAGCCCGGGAGCUUGGGGAACCUGACGUCUACACCUCUCAUGAGCGGUAUGAAAAAACAAGAAGCAGAACCCGUCCACAGCAGCGGCUUCGCGGACCAAGGGAUAACAUUUCGAAAAUGAAGGGCGUUCAUUGUUGAAGGCGGUUAGGAGUAUUCGGAGGAGACAUUUCUCUCAAGUUGAGAUGUAUAAAAAUUCGGGGUGCUGUUCUUGUUUUCCGGCCCCUGAAUCUUUUGUUCGUGUUACAUUAGACGUUGUAUGCCAUGGUACUUGCAGAAUAUGCGUGGAAGCAUUUGAGGAGCAGAGCCGCCUGAAAGAAUUUCUGGCAUGGAGAGCCUCCGCCGGCU